AGAUACUACUGGAAGAGUAUGUGCAACGCUAGCAAAGAUGGAUAGAAGUCCCUUCAACCCUUCCUCUGUCCUAGUCCCAGUUCAGCUAUCACCAGAUGGAUGCAAGUCCUAUGACUCUGAAUGUAAGCACCAGCAAUGCUCAGCAGGUGUCCAAGACCCUUGUCAAAGUAGGCCACUACUGAAGAGGCUGGAAGCCCAGGAUCCAAAACUCACAAUGGAGAUCGACGCUGCUGGUGAAAAGUCUGACAAAACACAAAAGACAACAGGCAAAUGUUGCCAGCAAAUGUUGAGAGCUCUGAGCUGUGUCACCGGAGAUAUGAAGGUGUUUGGAGACUGGCUAAAAGAUAAGCCUGUGGCCCUUCAAUUUGUUGACUGGCUUCUGCGGGGUGUUUCUCAAGUGAUGUUUGUCAACAAUCCACUCAGUGGCAUCAUCCUGCUUAUCGGAUUCCUGGUGCAAAGCUGUUGGCUGACACUCAUGUGUUGCACUGGAGUGAUUGUCUCAACUUUAACUGCAGUUAUUCUAAGCCAAGAGAGAUCCGCAAUUGCUGCUGGACUUCAUGGCUACAACGGGGUCCUUGUAGGGAUGCUGAUGGCUGUCUUCUCAGACAAGGGUGAAUAUUACUGGUGGCUCCUACUUCCUGUUAUUCUCAUGUCCAUGACCUGCCCUAUCUUCACCAGCGCUUUAGGUUCACUCUUCAGCAAAUGGGACCUUCCGGUUUUCACACUGCCUUUCAAUUUGGCUCUGAGCCUCUUUCUAGGGGCCACCGGCCAUUUUAAUUCUUUCUUCCCUACAACGCUGAUAGAACCAACCGCCUCUUUGCCCAACAACUCUUGGUCCGACGUUCAAGUGACUAUGCUCCUGAGGUCUAUCCCAGUAGGAGUCGGGCAAGUCUAUGGUUGCGAUAACCCUUGGACUGGUGGCAUCGUCAUGCUGGCUGUUUUCAUUUCAUCCCCUCUCAUCUUCAGUCAUGCGGUGCUUGGCUCAGCAGUUGGAAUACCUGCAGCCCUGAGCCUGGCUUCCCCUUUGAACAAAAUUUAUGCCGGUUUGUGGAAUUACAACAGUUGCCUCUCCUGUAUUGCCAUUGGAGGGAUGUUCUACGCCCUCACCUGGGAGACAUUUGCCUUGGCAAUAGCUUGUGCUUUUUUUACCACCUACGCGGGAGAAGCGAUGGGCCGCAUCUUUUCCGUGUUUGGGAUGCCAGUAGGGACCUGGCCUUUCUGCUUAUCCUCACUCACCUUCCUGCUCUUAACCACUACCAACAAGGCCAUCUUCAAGCUACCCCUUUCCAAAGUCACCUAUCCCGAAGCCAACCGGGCGUACUAUAUGGAGAGAAAGAAACCGUGCUCGGAAUCCAUUUGCGACAAAGUGUAAGCAAGCAACUAGAGAGUCUUCCCAAGGAAGAACAGAAGAAAAACGUAGUUUUCGGUGGGACAGUUUGUUCUUCUCGCUUGUAGAUGCCUUCACUUGGAUCAGUCAAGUUCAACUUUCGAAAUGUUCUUCAGUCAGAAGUGAAUGUAUUCAUCUGGAAAGGAACAUAAAAUAUAUGUGGGACAAUUCAGUUUAGACCAGAGGUGUCCAAAUUUGGCAACUUUAAGACUUGUGGUCUUCAACUCCCAGAAUUCCUCAGCCUUUUUUUUUUUAAGCCAUAAAAUCAGACAUGACUCAUUUAAGAACUGUCUUGCUUAGCAAUGGAAAUUCUGGUGCCAAAUAUCGUCGUAAGUCAAGGACUAUUUGUAAAGAAGAUAAAUUAUUAUUAUUAUUAUUUACAAACUUAGCUGUUACCUGCAAGUUAUGAAUACUUUAAUGAAUGAGUGAAUACUUUAUUUGCCAAGUGUGAUUAGACACACAAUAUUCUCUUUAUAUAAAUAUUAGCUGAUAACCCGGCGUUGCCCGGGUAUUUAUUUAUCCCAAUUCUAUAUUAGAAUUUUCCACCUUACCAGAGGGAGUCCCCUUGUGGAAGUUGUUACCAUGGCACCUUCACUGUGCUGCACAGUAGAAGCCAUUUUAAGGCAGUACAGUAGACACCAUUUUAAGGCACAACAGGCUGUAUCUUAACAGAACACACAUCCAGGGGGUGUUAGGGAUGUCUUACCCCCACAGUAUUUUUUUCCAGAGAGUAAGUCAUCUGUGUACCAAGUUUUGUUGAAAUUGCUCGAGGAGUUCCAGAGUUAUGCUGGAACAUACACACACACAGCCAUUUAUAUAUAGAUAGAUUCAGGAAACAAAUUGUUACACAAUACCUAACAACACAGAGAGUCGAUCCGGACAGAACUGGCUGAAUCCCACCACUGCUUUGGAGGUCCAACUUCAUGAUCUACAACUCAUUGGAGUCAUUCUAUGAGAUAAGGAGCCAAAAUAGUCCAUAUAAGUCCUGUAAAUAAACUCACCCAACAUGUAUAUAUAUUGUAAAUAAACUCAAUCAACAUUAUACAUUGUCAUUUCCUGCCUUACUACAAGUGUAAUGAAUCUUUUAGGUUUUUAUAUUUUUUUGAAAGUCAAAUAAACUAUACCAAAAUGCA